CGGGCCGUGGCCGUUGCCGUGACGGCGGGGGGACGGGGACGCCCGCAGCGAAGCGGACAUGGCGGACGAGGCGCUGUUCCUGCUGCUGCACAACGAGAUGGUGGCGGGGCUGUACCGAGCCGCCGAGCAGGGCGAAGGGGAGAACGGCCGCUGCACCACCAAGCUGGAGAGCAUGGGCUUUCGAGUCGGGCAGGGGCUGAUCGAGAGGUUUACAAAAGAUACAGCCAGGUUCAAGGAUGAAUUAGAUAUUAUGAAGUUCAUUUGCAAAGAUUUUUGGACAACUGUAUUCAAAAAGCAAAUAGACAACCUAAGGACUAAUCAUCAGGGUAUUUAUGUUCUUCAAGACAACAAAUUCCGACUCUUGACACAAAUGUCCGCAGGAAAGCAGUAUUUAGAACAUGCACCAAAGUAUUUAGCAUUUACCUGUGGACUAAUCAGAGGGGGCCUCUCGAAUUUGGGAAUAAAGAGUAUUGUAACAGCUGAAGUUUCAUCAAUGCCCGCAUGUAAAUUCCAGGUGAUGAUACAGAAAAUGUAGAGCAUGUUCAAAUCUGGGUAUCUACCUUAAAAAUCCUCUGUCUGUGGUUUUGGCAUUUUGGUUUGGCUUUGUAUAUAGCUUGUAAAUUAUAGCACUGCGCAGCACAAUUCCAAAGCAUACAAUAAAUGUUUGUUAAAGUAA